AUGGCUAGCAAGGAAGAGCCAUACCUUCCUUCCCUGGAGUUGUGUCUCUCAGGAAACUCGAAGCUGAUUACAUGGAGCCUUGCCUACCAGUGGCUAUGCGACCUUCCACCAUCUGGGGAUGACUCCUCACUUGUUGCCUUUCUUUCAUGCGAGAGCUCCGUACGGCUCCUUGUAUAUGCCAUCCAUGGCUUACCCAAACGCUCCACCCAAUCAAAGUCCGAUUUUGAGACCAGAACCGCAGCAAUAAAUGUCACACCAGCUUCCAAUGGGCACUACAACAUCGAAGAGAUCAAAGAAGAUGCUCUAUGGUUGAGCAGAGAAGUGGAUCUUAACGAAAUCGAGGCACUAAGGAUUGCCACAGUCGAAUGGCAAAACCGACCCAGAGAUAUGCUUCGCGAAGGCCUUUCGGAAACCGAACAAGCUAGCCUACACGAUGUUCUGGGUGCUCUCAGUGCUGCUGGACCGCUGAGUCGGUGUCUAGAUGCAAGUGUCGGCCAUGGACCUUCAAGGUCAUUCCUUUCUGCCGAGAGGCGCAAGGCCAGGUUGUUGAACAUCUACCUCGAAGAAACCCGAAGCCUGCUGGGUUCUUGCGAGAAGCUUGUCUGCAUUUCUCUGUCUGAAGAAGCCCUACCGAUCGCGUCAGAGGUAGGUUCAAAAGAGACGUCUGAUGCUGACAGACAAAUCCGAGACCUGGGGAAAUCUGUCUUUGAGAAACUCACCAAAGUUGGAACGGAAGAUGGAUUUGAGAGCCAUGUUACCUCCUGCAUCGAGGCAAUGCAAUCUCGACUUGAUAGUGUUGCACAUGGGAACGGUUGGCACAAACCAGAGGACAAGGAAGUGGAAAUAGAGAGGAAUUGGGUUACAACCAAUAUUCAGGAGCUGAUUCUACUUUCUGAUUUCAUAUUGGUCAAUUUGCGCACGUCCCGUCGCAUAGCCAAGUCAUCCAUUAUUUUACUCUGGUUCCGGAUGGUGUCUAAAUAUGACUUUUUUGGUACCUUUCAACCACAAUCGGAGGAACAGGCGAGCCUGAUAGGGCUAUUACAAGUGUCGGCUUCGAUCACGAGUAUAGCGAUCCUCGAUCCCGCCACGUCCAUCACAUACCUCUUGGAAAGCGAGGUUACGCUCCAGGUCGAACAAGAUACUGAUGAGAACGUCUUCUACUUCUUCGAUCGAAACAACAUCGGCGAAAUCCAAGAGAUCUUUCUCAAUCUAGCAGGUGCUUGCAUACCUUUAGCUAGCCCUGCCGUAUUUGCUUGGGGCAUUGUGCUGUAUACCAUUCGGGAGUUGGGACUCUCGGCAAAGGAUACGAGAGAAGGGCAGCAAGUUCAGAAAGCGCUGGACCAGGGUGUCACAAAUGAGCAGCAACAACUCAGUCGCAGGCUGUCCAGCAGCAGUCUUGGCUCCUUCCAGCAGAGCUUUUAUGAGGAUGUGGUGGAACAGGCGCGGGCCUUCUCUUUUGGGGAAGAUCCCGUGGUGUUUCUCACGCAAAGUGCAACUGACGGUUGUCACGUCUUCGACGUAAUCGUGAAUAUAGCAACUACAGUAGCUUCUUCGACAUCCUCGCUCUUAGCAUUUUGGAAAGAUAUGGCACUUCUAGACCUUAUCAAGGUUUCAUUUGAUCCCAUGGGAUACGCACCAGAGAUUCUGACAGCAGUAUUGGCAGUCCUCCAACCCCAUGAUCAAGCCACAAAUCCAAGUCUCACAACACCAGCUUUGGAAGCGAAAGUUGCCGCUGCGUUUCUGUCUGAUGAUUUUCUAAUGAGCAACAUUCUUGAUAUCUCAAUGGCACGCUUCCCUUAUGAAGCUCUCCCCUUCCUUAGACUUUGCAGGGCUCUUGCAUCCGCUGGACGUGCCACUGAUACUGACGAACAUCCGAUUGUGGAGCGGCUGCUUUCCAUGAAAGCAUUUACCCAAGUUGUUCCACCGGGAUUUUCAGGUUACCGUACAAUCAGAGAGGAAGAAAAUGCAAAUCUUGUUACUUUGGAGCAACCUCUCGAAUAUUCUGUUUCGUCAAAGUCAACGAUACGGAGCAGUGGCACAGAAACGACAAAACCUCAGGAUUUCUACCAUUUCCCACAAGGCACAAUCGGUCGAGUCAUCUCUGAUUCAAGACCUACAGUAAUAACGUGGUACCACAACUACUCUGGCCUCGAAUUUCUUGGGAGGUGGCUCGAACUGUAUCACAAUGGCCAAGAGGCAGAGUUCAUCUUCCAAGCAGAACCCGCCGAAUUGAUAGUCUCUACAAUCAUCCAGCUUCUCACAACGCUGGUAAAUUCAGCCAAGCAAGAAGAUCCCUCCAGGAUUCUGGAAGAAGCUAGCAAUGGCUUGAGUCGCAACUCGGAUAUCAUUCUUGUUAUUUUCGAAAUCUUUGAGCAGCAUAUCCAGGGACUACGGAUCAAGAGGGCCCCGGAUGGGGCGGUCGGCACGGCGGGUGCCUGCGUUGAAUUCAUGAGUGCUAUUGUCAACAUACUGCCUGGCAGAACCUGGCCACUGCUUGCUCGCAGUGGCUUUCUGAACCUUGAUGGUGCUGGCAGUCUCCUUCUUGCAAUUGCCUCCACGGAGGCAACAGUUGGAUCGUUCAGCUUCUUGGAAACAAGUGUGAAUCUUUAUGGUAAGCUUCUUGAUAAUGUAAUUGCACAUUCUAUACAUCAAGGACACCAACGCAAGGUGAGAGAAUACAAAAGACUGCCACCAACAACAGAUCCCGGUGCACCUGCCCACGUCAGAACGAGGGUAUUACUUGCCUUCACCCAGGCCAUCACAGAAAUCUACGACAGCCUUUCGAGCUGGCAAUUCAGAUCUAUUACAAAUCAAGCCCAUAUCCGAACCAACAUCACACGAGGCUUCCGUGACCUGCUUCAAUACGCGUUUGGGAUUGACGACAGUGACAACCUAUCGGCAAAGCUGACGUCGAUUACUUCGUUGGCUGCGCCUUAUGUGCUCGACUUCUUCCGGCCUGACUCACCGAGUGACACCAAUUUGGGCACACUCAUUCGGGUCUUGGCAAAUGGACUCCUGGAGCAGGAUCCCCUCCACCAAGAAGUCGUCUUCCAAGCUCAGGUUGAGCAGACCGAAAAUUCCAUUUGGCUUUGUCAUGAUCUGAUACGGGGGGCAAGAUUGAAGCACAAUGUGACUUUCCUCGAGAGACAGCUGUGCCAAGUCUUUCCAGUUCUUGUAAGAUUGUACGGAAUGCAUGCCAGAUACCAGAUACCGUGUCUGAGGGUUAUGUCUGAACUUGUUACUGUAGGCUCCGUCAGCGAGAGUGACAGCUCCUCAUUGCUGGGCUUUCUCGGUAUGGAGUCUUCUAGAAAUCUGCUGGAAAUGCUUUCCACCCUGGAUAGACCCCGUUCAGACUCUGGCCUCUAUGUCACAAUCUGGGAAUUCCUCACGUCACUACUUAGUGUGCGCCAGCAGUGGUUUGCCAUCUAUCUGUUGACAGGGUCUUCGCCCAAGGAAAAAUUGCAGUUUGGCAAGCAUGACGAGAACCGGCAAAGUGCUGUCGUACGAGGUAAAGCAUUCCUAACAGUAGCGCUGGAUAACCUUUCACAUAUCGAGAACGUGGAAGGACAACGCGCCACCGCGAUGCUCUCGUUCGUCUGUCGGGCGCAAGAAAAUUGGUCCUGGGCCACAAGCAGUCUUCAGUCCCAUCCAGACUUCUUUGCUGGUAUCAUGUCAUACGUUGGCAAGCUGAAUGUGAAGCAAGGAUCUUCUCUGCAUGAGUGUUACCAAUACAAGAUUGCUGCCCUUGUUGCAGAGCUCUCGAUCGUCUAUCUUCAUUAUGCUAGGUCCAAUCGAGACUUUUCCAUAAUGAAGAAGAUGCUACCAGCGUUCAAAUGGUACACAACCUAUGCUGUCGGGAACACGACUUACAACAACUCCUUGCAUACGAAUCUGCGAAAGAAUCUCAAAGCGAGGUACCCCAACUGCGAUACUCUCAACCUUAAAAAGACAGCUUUCUCUCCUCCCAAGUAUGGACCGAAUUUCUUCUACGAAAUCCACAUAGCAGCGAAGAUGCUGUCCUCUGAUUCCUCGUGGAUUGGAUCGACACGGAACCCAGGAUUUUCCAAUGAGUUUAGGCUUGCAAAUCUCAAUCUGUCGUUCGUCGAUGCGCAGUUAUCGCUCCUAGCCAGCUUUAAAGCAUUAUGCAUGGAGCACUCUGCUUUCUUCGUGCAAGAUCGCGAAGUCCAGAGGCUCAUGGCCCAGAUCGUCCGCAACAGCCUGACAGCAAAUUCACAACCCUGUCCAGCCGAAAAAAUCUUUGAUUCUCUCUUCGAAAAUCGCAUCGAGCUAGCUGUGGGGCUUCUCCAGGGUCUGGUGGAUGUCAAGGCGAGAGGUUCCGAAUUCACCACUCUUCUGGUCAGUGCGUGGGAGACAACAAGGUUCCGAAAUUCCAGCUACGACUCGGCAAUAUCGAACAAUGAUCUGGGCUACUAUAGGUCCUGCCUUACUGCACUUCUUCUGUGCAUACAACUUCACACCGAGAAGUAUGAGAAGUCGCAAUCUACCAAUACUGGCCGAACUUCUCACACCUCGACCCGGUCGAUGAUCCUUGAGAUCCUCUCCAAUAUUGUUGCGCAGGGAGUGGGGCAAGUAUGCAGCGCACUGUGCGACCAAGCUCAGCCCCAGCAAAGCGGCACCAUUGAGUCUGACAGUGGUUCAACGUCCGAAGUCGGUAUCCGGGACUUCUCGCUUCUUCUGUCUAUUCUUCAGAGCUCACUACGCGUCCCCUGGCUGUCGCAGAUGGUUGCACAGGUAUCAUCAGUCUUCAUAUCAAGCAACAUCAUCGAUUCUGUGCUACGACUGUACAGCUGGUCACAUCGCCUCCUUCCACCCAACGCCGACCCAAUCUACUCGUCUUAUGCCCUCUCAUUCCUAGUUGCACUCUCCCCACUCCCACCAGUCGCAGAGGAACUCGGCAUCGAAGGCGUUCUAAACCGUAUAGGGACAAGCCGCAUCAACAUAAGCCUCCAAGCCAUUCCAGGCGGCGUUGGCCCAUUCGAGCCGCCCCGCAGACCCAACCAGUAUCCUCACCAGCAGCGCCUUUAUAUUGUCUGGUCCGAAGGCAUCCUUCCCCUCUGCCUCAACCUCCUCCACUCCGUCGGCAGACCGAUGGCAAGCGAGAUCGCAGUAUUCCUGAACCAGUUCCCCAACCAGCUCUCCCGCGCCAGCACCGCAUUCAUAUACAACGCUGCCUCCAAAGACCCAACUGCCGGCGCGGUCAGCCUGUCCUUGGCCGCCGAGGCUACAGCGCUAGCACUCAUCAGUCACGUGCUGUCCUCAUACCGUGUUGCAGGGGCGUCAGCGGGCGUUGACUCUUUCGAAAUCCCGAUCUUGACUCAUUAUGACGAGCCGGAGAACAAGAAGGCGCUCAAGGCGGAUCUUGAGGAGUUGGUCGGUCGGAGGGCCUUUCUAAGGAGUAGGAUCGUGGCCACCAGUGAGAGGGAGCUGGUUUGGGCGAAGACGAAGAUGAAGGAUAAGGAUCAGGAUCGUAGUGAUGGAGAUGCAGAAAAUGUGCUUGAGGCAAAGAUAGUGGCUGAGUUGAAGAGCGCAGUGGUAUGUUUGAGGGGAGGUGAUGGUGGAGAAGAGGAGUCGUAG